AUGCACUCCCAAGAAAGACUGGAGGUUUUAUUGGAGAAACCAGAGGCUGCAUCAAAACCAAAUGAAUCGUUACGAAAUAAUCGCCAGGACGAAGACGCCGGAGCAGCUUUUGUAUUGGAGUCUAAAGGAAAAUGGUGGCAUGCGGGGUUUCAUUUGACGACGGCAAUAGUGGGGCCCACAAUACUGACCUUGCCGUACGCAUUCCGGGGGCUGGGAUGGGGACUAGGGUUCUUUUGCUUAACGGUGAUGGGGGUGGUGACUUUUUACUCCUAUUAUCUAAUGUCAUUGGUGCUUGACCAUUGUGAGAAGGCUGGACGCCGCCACAUACGAUUCCGGGAACUUGCUGCUGAUGUAUUGGGGUCUGGCUGGAUGUUCUAUUUUGUGAUAUUCAUUCAGACAGCAAUCAACACCGGUAUCAGCAUAGGAGCUAUUCUGCUUGCAGGAGAAUGCCUCCAGAUUAUGUAUUCGAACCUUUCUCCCGGUGGUUCACUGAAAUUGUAUCACUUCAUAGCAAUGCUUGGGUUAUACGUUCCUCGUGGUUGGUGCUUGUAUUCAUGCUGGUACCUCCGAAAAUGCACCUCCAAGGGACUAUUCUUUGGAAUCUUCGGAAUCAACAAGGGUGUUCAAUGCAUUUACUUCCAUAUCCAUAAUAGCUGCCAUUUUUGGGAAUGGGAUACUACCCGAAAUACAAGCAACUCUUGCUCCACCAGCUACCGGGAAGAUGUUUCUGGAUACAGGGUUUUUGGGAACAAAUCUAAUUCAAAUAUACUCAAAAGCUUAAUGCCAGACGAGGGACCUUCCUUGGCUCCUGUACCUGUUUUAGGUCUCGCUGUUAUAUUCGUUCUCCUUCAACUUUUCGCCAUUGGCCUGGUUUAUUCUCAAGUAGCUUAUGAGAUAAUGGAAAAGAAAUCGGCUGAUGUGAACCAGGGGAUUUUCUCGAAAAGAAACCUGAUCCCAAGGAUUAUCCUUCGCUCACUAUAUGUGGUAUUCUGUGGAUUUUUUGCAGCUAUGCUGCCUUUCUUUGGCGACAUCAACGGGGUCGUGGGAGCUGUCGGAUUCAUCCCCCUCGACUUUGUUCUCCCAAUGCUUCUCUAUAACAUGACUUAUAAACCAUCAAAAUCAUCCAUCAAAUAUUGGAUCAACAACUCUAUUAUAAUAAUCUUCACAGGAGCUGGAUUAAUGGGAGCCUUUUCUUCAACAAGGAAGCUGGUUCUUGAUGCUAAAGAGUUCAAACUUUUUAGCAGUGAUGUUGUUGAUUGA